UAAGGGCCAAAAGGCAGCUUGCAAAUCCAUGCUUCACUGGUACCUCUCCUCUUCACCUGGACAAGCUAAACAUUUGCAGGAGCACCAUGUCUUGCUCGUCUCGUAUCUCCUCUUCCAGGGCUGGAAGCAGUGGCUUGAUCAGGGUGUCUGCUGGUGGAAGCAGCUUCAGCAGUGGAAGCAGAUGCGGUCUGGGGGGUGGCUCUACCCAGGGCUUCCGAGGAGGAACCGGCAGCUGUGGCCUGAGUGGGGGAUCAAGCAGUGGAUUUGGAGGCAGCUUUGGAGGAGGUUUUGGUAGCUGCUCAGUAGGGGGUGGUUUGGGAGGAACUCCAGGCUCUGGGGCUGGUUUUGGUGGAGGUUCUGGCUUUGGUGGGGGUUCUGGCUUUGGUGGGGGUUCUGGCUUUGGUGGAGGUUCUGGCUUUGGUGGGGGCCCUGGAAUUGGUGCUAGUGGAGGCUUCUACAGCUAUGGGGGUGGGAUGGGGGGUGGGAUGGGAGGUGGUGCUGGCGAUGGCGGGCUUUUCUCUGGAGGUGAAAAGCAAACCAUGCAGAACCUCAAUGACCGCCUGGCCAGUUACCUAGACAAGGUCAGAGCCCUGGAGGAGGCCAACACUGAUCUGGAGAAUAAAAUCAGGGAGUGGUAUGAGAAAUUUGGGCCUGGGUCUGGAGAUGGUGGAUCUGGAAAAGAUUAUAGCAAAUACUAUCCAAUAAUUGAAGAUCUCCGGAACCAGAUCAUCACUGCCACUAUUGAAAAUGCUGGGAUCGUUUUGCAGAUCAACAAUGCCAGAUUGGCUGCUGAUGACUUCAGACUGAAGUAUGAGAAUGAGCUGUAUCUCCGGCAGGCCGUGGAGGCCGACAUCAAUGGCCUGCGGAAAGUUCUGGAUGACCUAACCAUGACACGCUCUGACCUGGAGAUGCAGGUUGAGAGCCUCACUGAGGAGCUGGCCUACCUGAAGAAGAACCACGAGGAGGAAAUGAAGAGUAUGCAAGGAAGCUCCAGAGGGGACGUGACCGUGGAAAUGAAUGCUGCUCCAGGAACUGACCUGACCAAGUUACUGAACGACAUGAGGGCACAGUACGAAGAGCUGGCUGAGCAAAAUCGCCGCGAGGCCGAGGAGCAGUUCAACAAACAGAGUGCAUCACUGCAAGCACAAAUUUCUACGGACGCGGGGGCAGCCAGUUCUGCCAAGAAUGAGAUAACAGAACUGAAACGCACUCUGCAAGCCCUGGAAAUUGAGCUCCAGUCCCAAAUGGCCAUGAAAAGCUCCCUGGAAGGAACCCUGGCUGACACAGAAGCUGGCUACAUGGCUCAGCUGUCAGAAAUCCAGAUGCAGAUCAGCAGCCUGGAGGAGCAGAUCUGCCAGAUCCGGGGCGAGACCAAAUGCCAGAACGCAGAAUAUGAGCAACUGCUGGACAUCAAGACCCGCCUAGAGAUGGAGAUUGAGACCUACCGCGGCCUGCUCAAUGGAGAGGGAGGUGGUUCUGGUUUUGGAGGAUCUGAUUUUAGAAACUCAGGAUCCAGAAAUACAGGAUCCAGAAACAUGGGAUCUAGGGAUUUGUCCGUAUCUGGUGACUCAAGAUCUGGAAGCUGUUCUGGCCAAGGAAGAGAUCCAAACAAGACCAGAGUGACUAAGACCAUCGUGGAGGAGGUGGUGGACGGCAAAGUCAUCUCAUCUCAAGUCAGCAAUGUGUCUGAGGUGAAAGUUAAAUAAGCAAUUUCCAGAUCAGCAAGAAUGUCUUUUAGAGAAAAACCGAAAGGACACGAAUGAAGAAAUCAUGUCAAUCUCACCAUUUUUCUGGAUAACUUCAGGCAAAGUUUCCAUCCAGAAAUAGAUGACCAAGCAAUUUUUCUGAAUCCUCUUUUUUUUCUUACUAGAACCUUCUUGAAAAAGUUGAAAUGACAAUUUUGCUCUAAUUGUUUUCAUGCUUCAAUAAACUUACUUUUGCAAGUUAA